GUAGAAUAGUGAAUCACGUGACCUCGCAUCCACUCAGGCCUGCUAUUGUCAAGUUAGAGGAUAAAAACUACACUUCCGCGUCUGCUACAGCCAACUCGUGAAAACGAAAACGUUUAAAGUUAAUUUUUCGAUCAUAUAAACGGUCGCAGUGGAAAUAAACGAUUUCAUUUAUUCGGUUUUGAUACUUAUUUUAUCUUCUGUUCGCCCCAGUAUUUGACAAUUAUUUGCAUUGUCGUUUCUGGCGUUGCCUUUACUUUGAAGGGACAGGCGCUCUACUUCCGGUAACAGUGCAGGUGUGUGCGGUUAACUUGACGCAGGUCUGGGGCCUCCUGUGUUUUCAACGGAGGGAGAGCUGAGAAGAAAAAUGGCGUCUGCAGGCGACCCAGAGCGGGACACCGGCCAUUCAGUUUGAGCUUUCCGCCCUGAAAUUGAGACCGGGGCUUGGUGGGGACUUAUCGGGAACCGUCACCAGAUCUGUUGGCUUUUUUCUCCCCCGAUUUUCUCCGGUGUGCGUGGCUUAUUCCAGCACCGAGAUUGAAGCGGAACAGAAGAUACUGUCUCCUACAAUGAGGGGGAGAAGAGGAAGGCCGCCCAAACAAGCAGCCGUGAUGCGGGAAGGUUCACCCGGGCCAGUCCGCGGCUCUCGGGGCAGCAGGAGUAGAGGGAUGCGUGGACGGGGAAGAGGCAGAGGACGGGGUCGGGGGCGGGGAGGAAGUGGCGGCGUUUGCGGCACUGGCUCUGCGGAGGUGGAUACAGAAAUCUCCGGCCGGGAGAACUUUCAUUCGUCCCGGGGCCGCAGGAAAGUUGGAGCCUCCACCACGGCGACGGCCGCGGGAUCUCGGGGCAGAGGAGGCAGAGGGAGAGGCAGGGGGUCGAGAGGCAGCCGCGGCGGUAGAGGCGGAGUGAGGCGGCCUCAAACCAAGGUGGUCUACGACGACAACAGCGACGAGGAGGAUGAUAAUAUAAGCUACAGGUCAGACGAAGAUGAACUCCUGAACGACAACCCUUCGUCGGAUCUUGAAGAAGAAGAGGCCUUGGGAAACGACUCUGACUAUCUGGAGGAACUACCAGAGGAUGAUGAUGCCAGCUACUGUACCGAGAGUAGUUUUCGGAGCCACAGCACGCUCGGUAGCACUCCAGGCCGGAGAAAGAGUCGAGCAAUGCGACCGCUGUCUCCCGCAAUCCUUGAGACAAAUGACAUUCCUCCCCUUGAGCUUCCCAAGUCUUCGGAUGACCUCCUGGUUCCCACUUCUCAGCUCCUCAAUGUGUCUGCCGUCUACGAAGUCCUCCGCAACUUUGGCUCGGUUUUGCGGCUCUCUCCUUUCCGCUUUGAGGAUUUCUGUUCAGCGUUGGCCAGCCAGGAGCAGUGCACACUGCUGGCAGAGACCCACAUCUCCUUGCUCAAAGCUAUUCUCAGAGAGGAGGACACUUCCAACACCACAUUUGGUCCCACUGACGUGAAGGACUCUGUAAACUCCACUCUGUAUUUUGUAGAUGGUAUGACCUGGCCAGAGGUGGUGCGGGCAUACUGUGAGAGUGACCCAGAGUACCGGCAUAUUCUGCCUUUCCAGGAGGGUGAGGAUUACCCGUAUGAACCGUUGGAGAGCAAAGUCAAAGUUCUCCAGUUUUUGGUGGACCAGUUCCUGGCGACCAACAUUGCCCGGGAGGAGCUAAUGUCGGAAGGUGUGGUUGCCUACGACGACCACUGCAGGGUAUGCCAUCGCCUCGGUGACCUGCUGUGCUGUGAGACAUGUUCAGCCGUGUACCAUCUGGAGUGUGUGAAGCCACCAUUGCAGGAAGUGCCAGAGGACGAGUGGCAAUGUGAGGUGUGUGUGGCACACAAGGUACCCGGCGUGACGGACUGCAUCCCAGAAGCGCAGAGGAGCAGACCAUUUAUUCGACAACUGCCAGUCGGCUAUGACCGACACCACCGCAAAUACUGGUUCCUUGACCGCCGCAUUGUUGUUGAGGAGGACGGUGAGCAGGAGGACAAAGCCAUCUGGUACUAUAGCACCAAGGUCCAGCUAGCGGAGCUCAUAGAUUGCUUAGAUAAGGAGUACUGGGAGGCCGACCUGUAUGCAGCACUUGAAGAGAUAAGGGACGAGGUGCACGCGCAUAUGGAUAUCACUGAGGACCUAACCAACAAGGCCCGUGGCAGCAACAAGUGUUUCCUCACUGCCGCUAAUGAGGAAAUCCUGGAACGAUUGCGGGCCAAGAAGGAAGAGGAGCUGGAGGAGGUGAAGAGACGGGCUGCUGAGGAGGCCCAGAAAGCGCGGCUGGAGAAGGAGAAGAAAGAGGGGGAUGGGGAGAAGGAAGAUGAAGAAGCCAAGUUCAAGGACGAGGGGCAGCAGGAUGGCAUGGUCAAAUCUUUUAUGGAGGAGGAGGAGAUAAAAGAAGAGGCCACGGAAGAGAAAAUGGAUGGCGUCAAAACUAGAGUCGUUGAAGCUCCACCCACUGGCCAAGAAGGCAGUAGUGGCAGUAGCAUCUCAGACGGACCUAUACUUCCAGCUACUUCUGCGCCAACACAAACCACCCCCUCCACCGUGAGCUAUAGACUGGCCACUGACGCUCCAAAGCCCCCGGCCUCCACCGUAGAGGCUCUGAUAGAGGGAAGUUCCCAAAUGGAGGUCUCUAGCAACACCAAAGAAACCCUAUCAUCAGAUUCUGUCCAUGUCAGUGGAGAUGGCAUCCUCAGCCUGAGCCAGCCUUCCCAGACGAGUGAGGAGAACAGUAACAGCAGCGUGGGAGCUGGGGUCCCUUCCAGAGGUCCUGAACCUCCAGACCUGGCUGACAAGUCCUCCCAGUCAUCCCUGGCCAGCCUUGAUGACGGAGGGGACAGUAAGGACUCGGCCAACGGUGAGACAACAGGUCUCAGCAGUAAGAAGUCUUCAGCAACUCGCAUGGUGACCCGGCUGAGGAACCCAGAGAGCAAGCUUAGCCAGAUGAAGAACCAGCAGGUCGCUGCUGCUGUUCAUGAAGCAAACAAGGGCUUCAAAGAGGGCAAAGAGGUACUAGUAGUAAAUGCACAAGGUGACAUCACCCGUGUCAGCACACGCAAGGACGUUGUGAUGAAGGGGACACUCAGCCAAUAUUUCAAGCUUGGCCAGGAGGGGAAGUACCGCGUCUAUCAUAACCAGUACAGCUCCAAUGCCGUGGCCCUCAACAAGCACCAGCAUAGAGAGGAUCACGACAAGAGGCGGCAUCUCUCCCACAAGUUCUGCAUGACACCAGCAGGAGAGUUUAAGUGGAAUGGGUCUAUUCAUGGCUCUAAGUUUCUGACCAUCUCCACUCUGAGACUCACCAUUAUCCAGCUGGAGAACAAUGUUCCAGCACCAUUCAUGCACCCGAAUUGGGCAUCACACAGAACAAAUUGGAUCAAAGCCAGUUCAGAUGUGGCAGUAAGGCCAAGGAGAGUUUAGCUCUGGCUCUCGCAUUUUCUGGAGUGCGCCAUUAACCUGUGGGCUAUGCUGCCUGUCUGGAAGGACUCACUUGGCCAUACCAGGUUAAACCGCAUGACAUCCAUGGAGCGUGAGGAGAAAGAGAAAGUGAAGAAGAGGGAGAAAAAGCUGGAGGAUGAGGAGACGAUGCAACAGGCCACCUGGGUCAAGUACACCUUUCCAAUCAAACAUCAGGUGUGGAAGCAGAAAGGAGAGGAGUAUCGUGUUACUGGCUAUGGGGGCUGGAGUUGGAUCAGUAGGACUUAUGUGCAGCGGUUUGUCCCCAGGCUUCCCGGCAACACCAACGCCAACUACCGCAAAGAACUGGAAGAUGCUAAACUUGGCAAGAAAUGUACCCUGCUGGACUUGAGUCGACGGCCCAGCGUAGCUGAACCAGAAGCUCAGGGAUCUACUGUCUUAAAUAGUGAGUCAAAAGAUCAAGACUCCGUUAGCCUCUCCAAGCCCACAACGGACCAUCUGAUGUCUGCGGAAGAUUUGGAGUCUAAUGAAAGGAUGGAAGACGAAAAGAAAGAAGGGGCAGAUGAAAAAGAAAAGUCUGAGGAAUUGUCAGCUGAUGAAUCACCCACAAAGAUGGAGGUGGACCCCACAGAUGCACGAUCAGACGAAGAGCAAAGGUCCAGUAUUCAGGAGGAAAAGGCUUCCAUGAAGGAAGCACCUGCAGAGGGCCCCACGCGACCCUUUAACUACGAUGUAGUGGAUGUCAGCAAGGGCUUCCUCACCCGCAUUGCCUACAAGAAGAAGGUCAAAUCCUCCAAGUUGGACAGCCUGCUGGAGAGACGAGUGAAGCAGCACAUUAUUGAAGAAAGGCAGAGGCAGCAGGUGUCUGCCUCCAACCCUCAGACUCCUACACCAAUUUCAACCCCCGCUCUGAGCACUCCAAUCCGGCCUCGGUCACCACUCAAGCCCCAUACUCUUGCUCGGACACAGCUUGCACUCGGCGAAUCUGUGAAAGUGGAAGAGAAAUCUCCCACAACACAAACUCCAGGGCCAGGAGAACGUGGAGGACGAGAGGCUGAAGGGGAGAGUCGGAAUGAACAUUCUAAAACUACAGACAACUUUGUUACUCCUCCUCUUCCUUCUCCUGCUCCGGGCUCCACACCCAAAGACAAUUGCAGUGCAGGUGAAGUUUCACCAUCACCACAAAACCAAAUAACCUCCACGCCCCAAAAUUUGGAGGCAGACUUAGUGGGAAGGACUAUGGGGCCAAAAGAAAUGAAUUCAGACAGUUUAGGGCAAGAGGGUGUCAAACUGCCUAAUGUACAAGAAACAACAGCAGGCGGAAUUCAUAGCUCUUUAGAGCAACAAACAGCCAGUGUACCAUCAGAUGUUACCAAGGCUGCACGUAUUGAAAAUACAGGGUCGGAGGUACCCAACUUGAAAUUGGACUCUGUAAGGACAAGUGUUCUUGACCAAAAAAGCAGUCAAAACACAUCUCCUUCUAAACUUACUCAGCAAAACCCAGAAACGUCAAGCUCAGUGCAUUUAGGUGCAGAGGAAAAUGGCAUGGGGCCAGAGGAGAACCAAGAAAAUAUGCAAGGCAUUGAACAAGGUAGAACUGAAGGUGAUAGCACUCCCAAGCCAGUUUCUCCUCUCCCUCAGGUAAAUGGUAAUGAUGGCUUGGGGAGUGAAAGCAUGCUGAGUAACUCUGUAAUGAGCUCAAACAACGGUGUGCUUACCAACAGUCCACAGCCCAAAGUGAACAGCAUUGGUAAAGUUGAAGAACAAGGGCUGGUUGUGUCAUUUAAUGACAGCACGCAGCAAAAGCCUUUAGUGAAUGGAGAUGUGGCCCCUGUAAAUGAUAGCACAGAGGUUGGGGCCAAGGAACCAAGCCUAUCUUUUAAGGUAGAGGUAGAGAGCAAGAAGACGAUAUCAGACCAGGACUACACACCUCCACUGAAGAUGGCGAGGCUGGAGAAUAACAUAGAUGCACUUGGAGCUAAUACUCAGAGCACUAUACAGCACAACAGCACGUCACCAUUUCAGUCUGUGGAGACCAAACCCAGUACUGUGGUCAAGAUCAUCCGAAUGGCACCGUCUCCUAUACCUUCAGCGGAGGAGUCCAGUCUAAGCGACGACUUUUCAGAGGAGAAUAGUCACAGUGGGACGACGGAACCACUCAAGACCAUCAUCACACAGGUAACAACAACCUCCACCACCACCACGACAGUAGUUUCCACAGAAAUGAGGACAGCCAAGGCACCAUUGAAGCCAUCUGGAGAGAUGACAGCACCGGGGGUGUCUACAACAGAAAGCAGCGCAGUGUCCACUCUUUCUACCAUGACCAAAACGACUGUGACCAAAAUCUGUUCCUCUGGGCUCGAUGGUCAGUCAGAGGACAGCCAGAGUGAAAUAGUGACGCAAGAACAGAAGACGGCGCUCUCGAUCAGUAAGUCAACAACUGACACCAGUGGUGAAACCUCGGUGUCGUCUGUUACUGUGAGCCAGGAGGACUAUUCUUCAACAAAGGGCCGCGUCCGCCUCCUCAAGUUCUCCCGCACCAAGAAGACACGCUCAGACACCGCCCUGCCUUCUUACCGCAAAUUUGUCACCAAGAGCAACCGCAAGAGUAUUUUCGUACUGCCACACGACGACUUGAAGGUGCUGGGGAGACGAGGUGGAUUCCGUGAGGUGCCCAUAUUUAGCUACAAUGCCAAGCCAGCAUCAGAUAUCUGGCCAUAUCCUUCACCCAGGCCCACGUUUGGCAUCACCUGGAGGUAUCGCCUUCAGACAGUGAAGUCUCUGGCAGGUGUGAGCCUGAUGCUGAGGCUCCUGUGGGCCUGUCUAAGAUGGGACGACAUGGCCGUCAAACCUUCCGCUGCUGUGGGCACCACACGUACAGAAACAUCAGAUACUGAAAUCACCACCACCGAGAUCAUCAAGCGCCGUGACGUGGGACCCUAUGGCAUUCGCUCAGAGUACUGCAUCCGCAAAAUCAUCUGCCCCCUUGGAGUGCCAGAGACUCCGAAAGAAACCCACACCCCUCAGAGAAAGGGGCUGCGCUCCAGUGCCUUGCGCCCCAAGAAGCAUGAGCCCGCCAAGCAGACGGGUCCAGUGGUGAUUGAGACCUGGGUGGCUGAGGAGGAGCUGGACCUCUGGGAGAUCAGAGCCUUCUCAGAAAGGGUAGAGAAAGAGAAAGCUCAGGCAGCAGAGCAGGCCAAGAAACGUCUGGAACAGAAAAUGGGCGGAGUCACAGCUACACCAACAGGGACUCCAGCAACACCUGCCGCCACACCCAAAGUCAUUGUCGGUUCGCUGUCGGGCCAGGGCACCCCUACCACCAAGGUGGUACUGUCCACCAAGAUGGGCACCCCAGUCACAUUCCAGCAGAAUAAGAACUUCCAGCAGUCGUUUGCCACCUGGGUCAAGCAGGGUCAAACACAAGGAGCGGGAACGGAGACCACCAUGGCCACAUCUGGUGGGCACACUUUCCAGAUUACAGGAACCUCAGUGGGUGGAAAGGUAGUGACCACCAAGCUGCCGCUACCCGCCAACAGCAAGAUCGUCACAGUCAACGUGCCAACUUCACAAGGAGGUGUGGUUCAGCAGAAAGUGUUGGGUAUCAUCCCAUCGAGCACGGCAGGUGGUGCCCAGACCUAUACCACAUUCCAGCCCCGCACUACCACGCUCAACAUCAGGCCCAAUACCCCAGGCUCCCAGCAGCAGGUUCUGGCAGCUGGUGGUCAGAUCCGUCCAGGAAUGACAGUAAUCCGAACACCGAUCCAGCAGACGGGACCAAUGGGAAAGACGAUACUCCGAACUCCCCUUGUGGUCCAGCAAGGUCAGGGUGGACAGCAAGUAGUGACGCAGAUCAUUCGUGGCCAGGCAGUUUCCACGGCAAUAUCUGGUGCCAGCCCUGUCGCCACUGUCACUGGCCAGGGGGCGGCCAGCCCCACCACAGCAGGGCAGGCAGCAGGACAAACACCACCUGGCACACCACGGGCGCAGGGGCAAGGCCAGGUUAAACUCACCCUGGCACAGCUCACUCAGCUCACACAGAAGCAGCAGGCCGGCUCAGGUGUGGAUCGGCAGGCUGGUGUCGGUGGUACCCAACAGGCUCUGACGGUGAUGGUUCAGGGACAGGGCCAGACGACCGGUCAGCUGCAGGUCAUACCUCAAGGGGUCACCGUCAUCCCAGGACCUGGUCAGCAGCUUAUGCAGGCAGCCCUGCCCAACGGCCAGGUGCAGCGCUUCCUCUUCACCCCCUUGGCCUCAGCUGCCACACCCACAUCAAGCACAGCCACCACAGUACCCGGCCAGCCCAACUCCACGUCCACCAAAACCCCAGCCCAGCAGGCUGCCGCCCCCAUCCAGGCAGGGGCAACCCCCUUGGCCACCACCAGCACCCCUUCAUCUGCCACCCCACAGGGCCAGUUGCCCCCUCAGACACAGGCUCACAUGCCCAUCCAGUCUCCCACCUCGUUGCAGGUGAAAGCGCAGGGAGGAACUGCCCAGCUGCAGCUGCAGCAGACACCACAGCUCAUCAGCAUGUCUGGACUACAGCAGCAGGUACAGGUGUUGGCCCAGCUGCAGGCCCAGCAGGGUGGAGGCUCUCUGCCACAGCACAUCAAACUGCAGCUUCCUUUCCAGAUACAACAGACCGGGACCACCUCAGCUCAGGGAGGACAGAUUGGGAAUGUAGUGACCAUCCAGGCAGCUUCUGUCCAAGAGCAGCUGCAGAGGAUCCAGCAGCUCAGAGAACAGCAACAGCAGAAGAAGAGACAAGCUGCAGAGGCCAAGAAAGAGCAAGCCCUCAACGCAGCCAGCCAGAGCGACAUUAUUCAGAAACAGGUGGUAAUGAAACAAAACGCUGUGAUCGAGCACCUGAAGCAGAAGAAGACCAUGACACCUGCAGAGAGAGAAGAAAAUCAAAGGAUGAUCGUAUGCAACCAGGUGAUGAAGUACAUCUUGGACCGGAUAGACAAGGAUGAGAGACAGGCGGCCAAGAGGAGGAAGAAGGAGGAGGUGGUGGAGGCCAAGAGGAGGUUGGCCAACGCCAGCAAGCUCUCCUCGCUCCUUUACCGGCACAAAGAGAGCCUCAAGAUGGAGAUCCUGAAGAAGCGGGCGCUUCUCGACAAGGAGCUGCAGCUAGAGGCCCAGGAGGAGCUAAAGAAGGACCUGUUGCGGAUGCGGAGGGAGAAGGAGAGGGCUCAGGCUGCAGCCCACCAGGCUGCCCAGGCCGCUGCUGCCGCCGCCGCCGCCGCAGCCGCAAACAGCCAGGAGCAACAUACUCUGGCACACUCGCAUGGCGUCGCCUCUCAACACCACCUCACCACGACUGCCACCUCCACACACAAGAGGAAACGGGAGGAGGAGAGGGAGACUGCGACGUCAGCCAAGUCCAAAAAGAAGAAGAUGAUCUUGACAACGAACACCAAGGAGAGCAAAAAGGACACCAAGCUCUACUGCAUCUGCAAGACGCCCUACGAUGAGACCAAGUUCUACAUUGGCUGCGACCUGUGUACCAACUGGUAUCACGGAGACUGUGUGGGCAUCACGGAGAAGGAGGCCAAGAAGAUGGACGAUUACAUCUGUGUGGAGUGUAAACGGGGCCAAGAGGGCAGCACAGAGGAGUUGUACUGCAUCUGUCAGACACCGUACGACGAGUCCCAGUUCUACAUCGGCUGUGACCGGUGCCAGAACUGGUACCACGGUCGCUGUGUGGGCAUCCUGCAGAGCGAGGCCAACCACAUCGACGAAUACGUGUGCCCACAAUGCCAGUCGACAGAGGACGCCAUGACGGUCUUCACGCCGCUCACUGACAAAGACUACGAAGGCCUGCGAAGAACACUGCGUUCCUUACAGGCACAUAAAAUGGCAUGGCCGUUCCUGGAGCCAGUAGACACAAAUGACGCCCCGGACUACUACAGGGUUAUCAAGGAACCAAUGGACCUCUCUACCAUGGAGGAGAGGUUACAGAAGCGCGAGUACGUCAAGCUGACGGAGUUUGUAGCGGACAUGACCAAAAUCUUCGACAACUGCCGCUACUACAACCCCAGUGACUCGCCCUUCUACCAGUGUGCCGAGGUUCUGGAGAACUUCUUUGUCCAGAAACUCAAAGGCUUCAAAGCCAGCAGGUCUCAUAACAACAAACUACAAUCAGCAGCCUCUUAGCUCCCUCCUAAAAUCAAAAAGACAGGCCUUGAGGUUUCCUCUGAAUGAUUAAGCCCCAUGGUCCAAGUCAGGCACAGCUCAACUUUCAACACCUCAUUGCAGUGCUAAAGGGAAGAGAAAAGCCCUUUUCCUUCCAAAGUGUCAGUGGGACAUAAUGGCAAAGAAGUCCCACCUUCAGACCAGGGGCAAGGGCUCCACUGACUCUGUUGGCAGCCUGUUUCAUCCCAACCAGUCGUUCCUACCAGUGCGUCUCAUCCAUGAGAAGAAAUAUCCAAAUGGGGAAACGCAGAGGAAGUUGAUAAGUUGGCUGGUUUGUAAGUUCAGUGGCAGUCGGCGGCAGCAGCAGACUCGUGUUCAUUCUGUAGCCGCUCGCUAUUUUUGUUUAUCCUAUAUAGCAGUGUCAGCUUUGAUCUUCCCACCGAGAGGUCGAACUUUGAUUUCAUACUGUCACAUUUUAUGAUGACCCAAACAUCCCAUUAAAGCCCCUGCUUCACAUGGAAAGGUCAGUGAAAACUGAAAUCCCCCGUUUAUGCAUCACACGCGGAUGAAUGCGGAAGCUGCAUCCAUGUGCAGUAUCGUGGAGUUCAUUCUUCUCAUAUUCAACCAGUGUACAUCUGAAAGCAGCAUUUUAUUAGGAACAAGUGCUGCUCUUUUUCCCCCACCAGAAAAAAAUAACCCCAUUGAAAUUUUCUCUCAGACCCACUUCAUUCAGCCAACGUCUGUCACAGUGUCCUCUUUCAUGUUUCACACCCAUCUUAACUGUGCCAGUGUUUUGUUUUUGUUUUUUUGUUUUUUUUUACCGUACCCUCAGGUGUGUAGCCCUGCACGAAGCAUGAACCUCAUAAAGCCCACUCUGUGGCACAUCAAAUAUGACUGUCAGUGGUACGUUUCACUGUACGUUCCCUAUCACAGUAGCCUCAUGCUGAGAUGCUCCAUUCGUAAUAGAAUCUAGAUGUCUUAAAAAAAAUUCAUCAGGAGAUUCAUUUCUCUGUCUGAUUAACAUCACCACAUAUGGGCGUAGACAGCGCUCAGUCAAGUAAUUCAAGGGGUCUUCAUUUUGUCUCGGGGCUGUGUUACUUUCAUGUUAAUUUCCAGAGGGAAACACCCAGGACAGGCCAUCCCACCCACCACAUCCUGCCCCUCUUCUGACCUUGUUCCCAUUUUGUGUUCUUCUCUAAUGCAAGUGAAGAAUGCUAACUAGCUCUGUGCUCCUUUUUAAAAAAAAUUUUUUUUGAAGGUGGUCAAGGACAAGAAGCGAUGUAAACGAGACUGUUAGGCCUUCAGGGAAGGUGAAACUUGUACAAGGCUUAACUAACCUACGUGUGCCGUACCUCCCUCCAUGCACACACCGUCUCGUCAAAGCUCUUGUUUCUGUCAGAGGCUGAGUCUGUAAGUCUCUGUCCCCUUAUCUAUCAGCCACUUCUUCCAGCAUAUUUCAUUGAAGUUGACAGGUUGGCUCACAUAUGUCUCUCAACUCGCCCUCAAAGCAUGGUUAAGUAAUUGGAUAAUGGACUUUUCCACUCAGCAUCAACUCAGUUAUGUUGCGGUCUGCGGCAGCAUGUCUGGGAGUAAACUUUGAGUGGGGACUGGGGAGUCUUUGUACCGUGGGGUUUGUAUGAAAAUUUUAUAGCUGCAUUUUUAGCAUAUUUGGGAACAUUUUUGUAAUCUGUGAUUAUCAGUUUUGUAGGAGGGGAGCAGUCAUAAGACACAGUUGUCUUUACGUUGUUCAACAGUUUAAAAAUAAGCAAAUGUUUCUGUUUCAAUCAGUGUUUUUUUUUUAUUAUUUUGUAAAAUAAGCAGGGUUGAGAGAUAAUGUAGCUUCUGUCUUCUUUUCUGUGUUUGUGUCUUUCACACAAAUGUCCUUCACUUUGUAAUCUGAUGAAGAUGUGUUUCAUCCACUGUUUGUAAUCUUGUAUAUUAUGGUUGUCCAAAUAUGUAGAGAUGAUAGAUUUUUAGAGCAGUAGAAACUUUUAUUUUUCACUCUUUGAACCAGCAACUAAGCCCGCCUGUAUAUUUUAACUGUCUAUUUUUUCUCUUUAAUUGAAGUGAACUCUACAUUUAGGUGAAAUUGCCCUUUAUAUUAAAAGUGCUGCAUAUUGUGAGCAUACAGGUUUUAAAUGGGGUAGAGUGACACAGUUAACUCUUGUAAAGAGUUGUUCUUUUUUUUUUUGUAAGAAACCAACCAGUUCAACAUAACUUCUAUAUUGACAUUGCAUUUCUUGUAUUAUUUAUUCAUAUCAAUGAAAAGUUCUCAGUUUUUUGAGUAAUGUUGAAGAAACGUAACUGCAGAUAAAAAGUACUCUAUGUUUUUAACAGAUUGUGGCAACUCCGAAGAUAUUCUCUUUUGUACUCGAUAGGACAUUUCAUCCUAGGUAAUAAAGUAAUGUUUUUGACACCA